AUGCUUGGCCGAUUGGUGAACAAAUUUCAACAACAUUCUUUAAGCGACGAGCAAAGUCCAAGUGAUAAUCUUGAUUCAAUGAAUGCUUUAAGUGAGUCUAGAAGAAAUAUGAUCCCAAGUAUGCUUUAUCCGAAUAAUUUUGAUGAUUCGGGGACGGAGUCGGAGAAUGAAGAGGAGCUUGAACAGCUUGAAACGAGUUAUUUGAUGUCUAUAGCUACUGAUGAAAUGCAGUUAGGGCCGAGUCCACCUGUCCUUACAAGCUCACCUCCGCUGAUUAGUGAUUUUGAUACUAACAGAGAAGUAAAGAUAAGCGAGAUAGAUAUGGUUCAGGUCGGACAAAAUAAAUUGCUCGCAGUAGUAGUUGCACCUUUAAUAUUUGUAAGUUGGGACAGUACGGGUUGUGAAUCUGGUAUUGUUGUGCGAGAACAAAGUGAGGAACCAAGUGAUUUGGCGAAUGAUCUUGGAACUCAAAAAUUGUUAUCCGUUCCUCUGGACAACUUGCCGACGUACGCAAUAGAUACGGGUAGCAAAGAAGACACUGUAGCCGCAGGCGGCAGUACAGCGGUUAACUCAGGAACUUUGAUGGUCGGCUCAUUUUCAGUUAAAUAUGGAGCGUUCCGCCCUUUUAGACGACGGGUCAAAGAUCAGGAAAACGGAAGUGCGUCAAAUGAUUUGGUUCCUUCAUUAGCUUUACAAGGCCUUAUUGGAGAGAAACGACGCUACGAUAACAUAAUCCCUAAAUCAGAAGAUGACGUAGAAAACCAGGAUUAUGGAGCGUUCCCACGAGGUGCUUCUGUUGGUUCUGGUAUUCCUCGUGAAACUCUGGUUGCUUGUCGUCGUACACCUGUGAAGUUAAUUAUUUAUAAUCCAGAUGGUGUUCGGAAAAAUACCAAGCAAAUUAACAUUUCUUCAAAAACCGGGACUAACACUCAGAGUGAAUCUCCACCGUUUCGUCCUGUAAAACGCGGUCGACUGAACACAUGCGAAAGACCAUCAUUAGAUUUUGAGAAAAUGCGAGAGCGAAUGAUGACUGACUGGAGCAGCUGUCAUGAUGAUGAUACUGUGGAAGCGGAGAACAGAAUACGGGUGGUUAACGGAGCUAACUUUUUUGAUGAAACAAUUAGUUCUCGACAUCAAGCAUCUGAUAACCGAGGUGACGGCCGCGGUUUUUGUCCUCAUAAUUCAAAUAACCAAUUCGGGUCCAACUUUCUCCCGGAAAAAUAA